AUGACGCCAAUCUAUGCGCAUUCAACGCCACAGGAGAAGUACUUGUUCCAUAUAUUUCGCGCCGAGACUGCCGGUCAAGUUUCCGGUGAGUUCAAAGGCACGUUUUGGUCCGUCGAUGUCCCGCAAGCCUGUCAACUACAUCCCGCCAUCGCUUCCUUGCAAAUGAGACAAAGAACCGUUCACGGCUUGAUGCAGCACUACGGCGACGAAGGCUUAAAGCAAUACAUCAAAGCCAUUGGUCACCUCAUCCAGGCGACCCAAAAGACGGACCCCAGCUUUGAAGAGCAGUCGCUCAUUUUGAUGGCUACCGUGCUCCUUUUGGGGUUUGCCAGCCUGGGAGGUAAUUUCAACGAGGUCGAGUUCUUUGCCAGUCAUGGCCUUCAAUUAUUCACAAAAUGA